AGAGAGGCAAACUGAAGGAGAAGCAUCUGUUUUAUUAGUAGACCUAGUUUCUACAUGUACUAUUCAUUUAUAAUCUGGUACAAGAAUAAAAAUCAUGACAUUUAUUGUCAAGCAGUUGCUUAAGCAAUGUUCUGCCGUAGCUACAUGUCACGUAAGAGCCUUUCACUGUGCAACCCAGUUGCACCGACCGCUAGUGCCCAUAGUGAUUGAGCAAACAGGACGGGGUGAGCGAGCUUAUGACAUCUACUCCAGACUGCUCAAGGAACGAAUCAUCUGCAUUAUGGGCCCGAUUUCAGAUGAAAUGUCCAGUUUAGUAGUUGCUCAGCUGUUGUUUCUACAGUCCGAAAGUAACAAGAAGCCUGUUCAUCUUUAUAUCAACAGUCCAGGUGGAGUGGUGACAGCGGGGCUAGGGAUAUAUGACACGAUGCAGUACAUCAUGCCACCUAUAAAUACAUGGUGUGUCGGACAAGCCUGUAGCAUGGCGUCAUUACUGCUCAGUGCUGGUACGCCAGGCAUGCGACACUCUUUGCCAAACUCCCGGAUCAUGAUUCAUCAGCCCUCUGGACAUGCAAUGGGCCAGGCUACUGAUAUCAUGAUCCAUGCAGAGGAGAUUCUGAAGUUGAAAAAUGGGCUUAACAAGAUGUAUGCCAGACACUCAGGGCAACCUAUAGAAAUAAUAGAAGUAGCAAUGGAGAGAGACAGGUUCAUGAGUGCACAAGAUGCUAAAGAGUUUGGACUGAUUGAUAAAGUCUUGGAGCACCCACCGUUAGAAAAUGGAGACAAAUGAAAGUCAUGUAAUAUUAGGUUUGACGUGUCACCGGUAUUUGAAUACGUAAGAUAGUGGGUUCGAUUUUGAAGAACAUUUGUCUGGUGUAUUUAUUUUUGCUAAGGCACUCGGGUACUAUACAGAGUGAGUGUAGCGCAGGUGAGUGCAGCAAUGUAUUUGAACACCAGGUAGCAGUGUAGUGGUUAUCUCACAAUUGGCAGUUCAGUCAUUCACCGCUGCGAAAAUAGGAGACGUGCACAUGUCAGUACCACAGUCGUGCAUUUAUGUUCCUGUGGGAUAUGUAAGGGUUUAAUGGUAUAUAAAUGCGUUUCUGUGCCGACAAGACCCAGGGCCGAUAUUCUACAUAGUAUCACUAUGUAAUAAAUAUUGUUAUUAUAUCCACAUCAUAAUACAGUAUUACUGUAAAUUAAAUCAAAUGCAUUACUAUGUUGUAAGGCAACCAGUUGGAUCCACGAUAUACGUACUUUAACAAAUGACAGCUACUGAUAACCAUGUUUACAUUUACACAUGGAUUAUCUCAUAAUAAAUUGUUGUUUAUUGUUUUCUAGA